ACUUUUCAGAGAUCAUGAGUUUAAUAAAUAGAGUCAUAUUUGUUGCUUGUGUUCUUUUCACAUUUGUUUCAGGUAAGCAGUGCAGCUACCCGUACAGGACGCUGGGUUCCAACUGUUACUACUUCAGUACAGAUAAAGCAUCCUGGGACGAGGCUUAUGUGAAUUGCUUUCACAAAGGUGGAUAUUUGGCAAACCUGGAAACUCUUCAUGAGUAUCUUAUUAUGCGAUACAAACUGGCAGGAAUGAAAAACGGUAAUAUUUGUAUUAAACAUACAUACAAAGUGAAAUAGGAGGUCACAAUGGCAUUAUGUAAGGAAGAAAC